UGCGCUGGUUAAGAUGGCGGCCAAAAGUUUUGCUUCCCGCCUCAGAGGCUCUGGACGCUUUUUGAGCGUCUUCGUGGCGGGAGGUGUGGUGGGCGCUGCGGGAGGCGGGUUCACGGCCAUGCAGUUGUUCCGGAGUCAGGGCGCUGAGGCAGCGUUGGCAGCGAGGGAGCCCGACGGUUCUGCAGAAAAGGCUCUCUUGGAACAAUAUGGAGUCCCUUUAACUGGAACAGAGACUAGGCAUUACACUAAUCAUGCCUUGUCUUAUGAUCAGUCAAAGCGGGUGCCUAGAUGGGUUCUUGAACAUAUAUCCAAAAGCAAGAUAAUGGGUGAUGCUGACAGAAAACAUUGUAAAUUCAAGCCCGAUCCCAACAUUCCUCCAACCUUCAGUGCUUUCAACGAAGACUAUGUUGGGAGUGGGUGGUCACGAGGACACAUGGCUCCAGCAGGAAAUAACAAAUUUUCAUCUAAAGCCAUGGCUGAAACGUUUUACCUUUCUAAUAUUGUGCCUCAGAAUUUUGAUAAUAAUGCUGGAUAUUGGAACAGAAUGGAAAUGUACUGUCGAGAACUGACAGAGAGGUUUGAAGAUGUUUGGAUAGUAUCUGGACCGUUGACCUUACCUCAGACUGGAAGUGAUGGAAAGAAAACAGUUAGUUACCAGGUGAUUGGUGAGGACAAUGUGGCUGUUCCCUCGCACCUUUAUAAGGUGAUCCUGGCUCGCAGAAGCCCAAUGUCUACUGAACCGCUGGCACUAGGGGCCUUCGUGGUUCCCAAUGAAGCCAUUGGCUUCCAACCCCAGUUAAGUGAAUUCCAAGUGAGCCUUCAGGACCUGGAGAAGUUAUCAGGACUGGUGUUUUUCCCUCGUUUGGAUAGAACUAGUGGUAUCAGGAAUAUCUGCUCUGUGGACACCUGUAAGCUUCUGGAUUUCCAGGAGUUCACUCUGUACCUGAGCACAAGAAAGGUUGAGGGAGCCCGAUCAGUCUUCAGGCUGGAAAAGGUCAUGGAAAAUUUGAAGAAUGCAGGGAUUGAACCAGAUGAUUACUUCAUGAACUGCUAUAAGAAGAAACUAGAAGAACUCAAAGCUAAGGAGCAGUCAGGAAUCCUGGAGGGAAAAUAAUCUUAGUCUUUUUCUCCGAAGAUGUGUCCUCUUCAUUGAGCUCAUGUGUUUUAGUGGCUUUGCUUUAUAGAAAUGAUGAAAUCCUAAACUUCAGACUAAAUUUCUCCCCAAAAGAUGAAAGCUCUAAAAAAUUCUGUCAGUUUUUUAUUUGACACGGGAACUAAUUAUUAAGGAAACUGUAAGACCUACAGAUUGCAUGCUGAUCUUGCGUCAGGUUCACAGAGGACUCUGACCACAGGACGACGCUGUUUUUGUCUCUCUUUGGAUGUUCGCACGUGAAGGCAUUUUGUUUUCGUGCUGCUGAAUCAUGCAUUAUCUUUGAUGUACCUCCUCAGCUUUCUUGGAGCCCAGUGUUAUAUGUUUUCUUUCUCUAGGACCCGAGUUGGUCUUGGAGGUGGCUUUUAGAUAUCCUCUGUGUGCUGUCCUGUCCACAUGUGUUACUGUGUUACGUAUUCAUUUCUUGCUCCUCUGACAUACCUGCUGGUCCUUCAUUUCUGCCCUAUAGAAGACCUUAGUGACAUUUUCUGCUUACCUAGUGUGUUCUGUAUAUUAAGCUCAGUGCUUUACAUGGAUUAUCUUACAGCAACUCUCUGAGGUAAAUACCACUGUCCUCAUUUUACACGUGAGGAAAUUAAGCUUAAGUAUUUUGUCCAAGGUUCACCUUUCCAAAGAAGUAACCCACAGAGGUAGGCAUGUGGGGCUGAGAAGGAAGAGCAUGACAUAGACCGAAGUAAUCCAGAUACAGAGGUUUUGACUUAGAAAUGUAUACACAUGGGUUUGGUGAUUCUGGGCCCACUUGCUAAGAGGGGUUUGGUUUCUUGUCUGCCAUUGAGCCAAAAGGUCUUGAAUGUUCUCUGACUUGAACACUCCAUAGCUCUUUGGGAAGAAACAAUUACAGGUGUUUGAAGAUUAGAGGGCAUUGCUUUGUGGGGUUUACCAGAGCCCCUACUUGCCUCCAGGGAUGCAGUUCUUUUAGUGACCGGAUGGUGCCCAAUUGUUAAGUUCUUUGCUUUCCAGGUGAGCAGUUUGUUCCAAAGAUUAUGGGGCCUAAGAAGGGCCUGUGUCCACAGAUUCACCAGCUCAUGGUUUGCUUCCCUCGGGCCCGCUUUCCUACUUGCCUACGGGAAGGUGGUGCUUUGGGCCAAAGACUCAAAGACAAUUCUGAUUAUCUCUAAGGGAAACUGGCUGUUUUUCUGAGUCAGGUCUCUAGAUUUGGGUUUACAUGGAAUCCUUUCAAGGGCUACCAUAAGUAUGGACAGCGAAAUACCUUAAAAUAGGGCCCAGGAGCUUGUCUAAAUGUAUCCUAGCUCUGCCGUCUUUCUAAGUGGUGUUACCAGAACAGUUUUUGUGGUGUUUUGUGUGUGUGUCUCUAACAGAAAUGCCAAGAUUUUAAGAUAAAGGUAAGUUGAUAAUGAUUGACCUUGUUCUGCUCCUUUAUUUGGAUAAAAAAGAAAGAAGUUGGGGGUUCAGAACAUAGUAGCCUGAUUAAUACCAGUCUGUUUUAUCACACUGUUUGCCAUUAGCUUAUGCCAGUCCUUUUCUUCCCGGGGAUAAAGAGCCAAAAUGUUACUGUGACCAAAAAAAUCUGUUACUUUCUCUCCUCAUUGGAGAGGGGAUGGUGGGGCCUCCCGGUCUGGUGUUUCUCCCAGAGCCUGAGGGGGCGACUCUGGGGGAGAAGUCCUGGGUGCUUGGCAUUCAUCUCUAGAGGUGAGCCAUCAUCUCCUUUCCCUCACGUCUGGCUCCAUGCCCUGAUCUGGCCUGAAUUUUCUUCAGCCUUGGACUUAUUUCCCAUGCUCUUUGCACUCCUGCCCCUCUACCUAGAUGGUGGAGAAUCUUGAUUUUUGGAUCAGUGAAUUGAAGUGCCUUAGGUUUUUAGUAUGAAAAGUGCUGCCUGGUCAUUGUGAAAAAUAGUUCCGUGCUUAUAAUAAAACAUGCGGUCUCCCAGUCUUCGUUUUCACAUGGAAGAGUUGUGUUGGUCUACAGGAGUGAUCUUGACUUGUCUGAACAUUUCCAUUAAGAGUCCCUCCAGAACAAACUGAAAUAUAAAUACUCAGUGGAGCUUGGAAUUUUCCCCAGGAUCAAAUCACUUCAGCUUCCCCCGGUAGGACUGCUGAGUAUUUGGACUUGGAUGCAGGAGAUCCCUAAGCCACUCCCCAGCACCGUCUGUCCCCUGAUGGAAUUAUCUCCUCAUUACCCACCUGAGCCAGGCAGCCUCCAGUGGGUCCUACCUUGGAGCCAGCCAAAUUCUCAGGUCAGACCUGGGACUCUGCCUUACGUCCAGUGAUGCUCAGGGAGUAUAUCUUGGCCAAGGGGAAGGCUGCAUCCAUCUUCAUGGGCUCUGCUGCCAGAAGCCCAACUGCAGGUGAGGGUUAUUCCCUGAUCUCCCCGCCCCCAGUCACAUCUUUAUUUGAGACUCCAGGCUCUUUGGUCUCUGGAUUGAGAACAUUUGACCAAUGUCAUAUGUGGCUAAGGUAGAACAGGUGUCCCAGCCUGUUUCUGCAGGCCAGCAUUGCUGUCUUGCACUGUGACCUUCAAACAACUGAAAAACAGCUGAAAACCUCUGCCCCUCCGUCAGGCCUUAGAAGCACCCAGAGGGGAGAUGUAGUGUGAUCUUGAAGGAACAUCCCUGCAGGGCUAGGCUCAGCCUGGAGCAGCCCCCACUCUAAUGACCCUGCCUCAUUCCUGUGAACAUGUCGCUGUCGCUCACAUCAGCAGCACAUCCCUGAAGCUAUCCCUGCUCAGUCCUUCACGGCUGCACCUGUGUGCCCUUAUGUCUUCUGGGUGCACUCCAUCAUCUUGGUCUUUCCGUUCAUUCUGCUGGAACUGGUCGGGGGGGGGGGGGCUUCACAUCUGGUGUGGCACUGCUGCUCAUUCCUGCCUCCACUCCCCACCUCAUUCCGGCCUGCCUUCCUGGAUGUCAUUCACGGAGGUUAUCCGUCAGGGGGUCUGGUGCUGCCUUUUCCAGUCCAGCCUCUCCUCCAGGAACUGACUUGUCAGUCAUUAGUGCAGGUCAGGUGCAUGAACCAAUCUUUGAUGUGGACCCUGUGUAAUCUGGGGUGUGCAGUGGGGAUGGGUGGAUGUACUUCUCUUAGUGUUCCUGGACAUGGCACUAUGGCCUACGGACUGGUGUGCUCCUGUGUGCAGAGUACCUCUAGGGGUCACUGUGGCCUAGUGCCACAUGGAGGACUCAAGAGUCAGCUGUGACACUGUCCAACACAGAACCUCUAGCUGUGUAAGCCACAGAGGGUGCAGUCAGUUUUGGACCUCAGACUCCAGGCUCUCAGGCCGGAUGGAACAGCAGAGGCUGUGUUGUCCAGUGAGCCUCAUGUUUGGUUCGCCAGAGGGGCCUAGCUAGCUUAAUUUUUCCCAACUUUAUUUUGAAAAAUGUCUUUCCAGACAAGUUGAAAGGAGAGUUAAGAAUGCCCUCUCCCCUCAAUAUUUUGUCCCAUUUCCUUUCUCUUCUUGAGCCAUUUAAAAGUAAUUCAUUGAUUUAAAAAAAAAAAGUAGACACUUUAUUCUUUAAUACUUUGAUCUGUAUCAUCUAAGAAUAAAGACAUUCCCCUGUAUUGUCAGAAUACUGUUAUCUAAGAAAUUUGUCAAGAAUUCAGUAUCAUUUAAUGAACAAAGUCUUAAAAGUUUGCCUAGAUUUCCCCCCAAAAUCUUAAACUUUUUUGGAAUAUCCAGGUCUCAGCCACGGUUUGUGUCUUGUAUCUUGUCAUGUCUAGUCUCUGCUAAUCUAGAGCAGUUUGCCUAGUAAGCUUCAAAAAUAUAGAGAUUCUUCAACCCCACCCUUGAAGAUUAUGACUCAGUAGGUCAGAAGUGAAGCUGAAACCUCUAUUUUUUAAACACAAGCCACACUGCUGAUUCUGAUGACUCUCCAGGGUUUGGAACUGGACCAAGCCCCACUUUGCUGCCACUCCACCGACACACACAUUCCCUAGACAGGAGUCCCCUCAGAAGGUGGGCUUUGAGCUCCUGACUAUCAAAGGAGAACUUUCUUCCAUUGCUUUGGGCCCCCAGGUACCCACUUUCCUUUAUUAUUGAGCUUCAUAACAUUAAGCUGAAACUUUCCCUGCAACUUACUCAUCAGUGAUAGGCCCUAAAUGGCCAUCCCAGGUACACAGAGCUGGCUGGCAUCUGCUUUCACCUGAUAGUCCUUUAGAGAUAGGGACCUCAUAAAGACAUCUGGGCAUCUCGCUUAAUGCCCAGGGCAUUCAUGGAUUUCCGACCUGCCACCAUCAUGUUAUGUGGCCUUUAUGGUGUGGCAGCCACAUCUGGGCGAAGCAUCAGACACAGUGAUGGCAGUGCUGGAUUGAGUGCUCCCUUAGUAGGGACGUUCCACUAUUCUCACGGUACUGUUGGUCCAUGUGGAACUUGGUCCAGCUAACAGCUCCAGGUCAUUUUCCCAUGGUCUGUUGUCAAGUUGCUUUCCCAUCAUGCACUCACACCGUCAAUAUUUGGAACACAAAUAUGGGGUUAUGUGUAUGCCCUACUGUUAAGAUUUCAUUUUGUUAUAGUUUCUCCCCAUCUUAUGUGAGUUUGCAUUCUUGAUGAUCCUGAUUUGGCCAUCUGACAUGUUAGCUCUGCCUCCCAGCUUUGAGAUUGCAGAUCAGAUAAACAAGCCUUCAAUGUGUCUGUUAAACAAGCCUUCAAUGUGUCUGUUAAAAACAUUGAAUGAGACAGAGCCAUGGAAGAUCCCGUUGGUAAAAAAGUUCAUUUUAUAUGGCAACCUGCUUCACACACUCACCCAACAAGAUUCAUGUGACAAUGAUGUGCUCUGAUAUUUUCUAAGUUCAAUUCUUUUCUAGUUCUUUUUUAAAAAGGGAAACAACACUGAAUUGAUUGCACAAUGCAAAAAUAAGUCUCUGUCACAAUUUGCUUGUGAGUCACCCCGGGACAGUAAGAGUGCUUACUCUAUCUCUGGGUGUGCACAGCAUGGCUGGACCAGCACUUUGGAUACCUCCCUAUGUACGGAGGUGUAAUUGGGUCCCCAUCCCAGCUUCCCACCUACCGCAGCCUCCUGCAACGGACCUCAUUUGUCCUGAAUCAGGUUCCUCAUAUGGGAACAGGUUGAGGAUGACUGGCAGGAUCAUUUGAGAAUUGAAUAAGCUAAGUCCUCAAUAAAUGUAGCCAGUUACUAUGAAUUCCUGUUACCAGCGACUACCAAAGACAAUGUGUGGCCCCAAAACUCAUACCUUGAAAUCUAACCCCCUCCUAAAGGUAUGAGGAAGUGGAGCCUUUGGCAGGGGAAUAGCUCCACCCUCAUGAAUUAGAUUAGUGCCCUUAUAAAAGACCUCAGAGACCCCAGACUCCUUUGCCCCUCUGUCAUGUGAGCACUGCACAAUGAUUGGCCCAACUAGAAGAUGGGCUCUCAUCAGACACUGAACCUGCUGGCACCUUGAUCUUGGACUCCCCAGCCUCCAGAACUGUGAGAAAUAAAUUUCUUUUGUUUAUAAGUCA